AAUUGGCCCUAAACCUGCUACAUUUGAAAACACUAGUAGUGACGUAUAGACAAAUUCAUAUCGAAGCCUGCCAGCCAUUUAGAUAGACGAAAAAACAAUAAUAAGACGUAUAUGAAUCAUUUAUUAUUUGAAAAGUUUUCGCUUCUUUAAUUAAUUUUCGAGAAAAGAGAAAAAAAACUCAUUUAUUACGCAAAUUGCGAUAUAAGAAAGUCUGCAUAACAAUUACGAACGCAUUGUUAUAUAUUUUUAUCCUUAACCUGUAAGAAAUAGAGAAAAUGUAUUGGAAAAACGGAGAAAAAACAGAAUAUUAGCACGGUGUCAAGGUGUGCUAUAUUCGGGAUGGUCUUGCAGAAAGUUGGCUGCAAUUUUGUUAAAAAUUUUCGACAUGUACAUGUUAGAACAAGUGAGUCCCGCGGCAGCAGAAGCUUCCAACGGUUAUAUACGGCAUUACCACGGCUCACGCCACAAGAGGUCACAAACAUUUUGCAAGCUAAUGAAUAUACCAAAGAAUUCUCUGGUUUGGGUUCUGUAAAAUAUUACGAUUCCAAUCAAUUAGCAUCUAAUAAUCCUAUAGAAGAUACACGAGCAGAGGCCCAAUGUUUAUUAACUAAAGGUGUAUUAUUGGGAGUUUUCGAUGGUCAUGGCGGUGGUGCCUGUGCACAAGUGAUAUCGAAAAGACUAUUUUGUUAUAUAUCAGCGUGUUUGUUACCAACAAAAUUACUGCAACAAUACUUGAAUUCUGUUAAUUCUGACAAAAAAUUAGAAUUGCUUCAAACCUUCAAUGAUAAAGUAGAAUUUGUAGCCGAGAUUAAAGAUCUUUACCAGGCAAGCUUUUUAAAUUUUGUAAAAGACUUGGUACAAUCAGAUAUCAGGAAAGAAUUUCAAAUGGAAAUGGCUUUGGAAAAUGCGUUUCUUAGACUAGAUAAUGACUUAUCGAACGAAGCUUUGUCGCAACUGAAUAGGAAAGAUGCAAGAACUCUUGCUGUUGCAAUGUCAGGUGCAGUAGCUGUUGUGGCUCAUAUAGACGGCCCUCAUCUCCAUGUUGCUGGCGUUGGCGAUUGUAACGCCGUAUUAGGGGUGCUCUCAGAGAAUGAUGGAUGGUCGGCUAAAAUAAUGACGGUAGAGCAUAAUGCCGAUAAUCGCGCGGAGGUAGAGAGAAUCUUGUCAGAACAUCCAUCAAACGAGAGAUCAACUGUGAUUAAAAUGGAAAGACUGCUCGGACAAUUGGCGCCACUUCGUUCGCUAGGUGAUUUUCGCUAUAAAUGGAAUAAGGAUAUUAUGAAAAAAAUUGUGCCGUUUUUCGGAAAGGCAGCGAUUCCUCCGAAUUAUCAUACACCACCGUACCUAACGGCCAAUCCAGAUGUCAAAUAUCAUAGGUUGACACCUAGAGACAAGUUUCUUAUAAUAGCUAGUGAUGGAUUGUGGGAACUGAUUUCACCAUUGCAAGCUGUACGCUUGGUAGGAGAACAUAUGAGCGGCAAAGUUACGCUUAGUCCAUUGAGAUUACCCCGUAAAAAUAUGAAAUUGUUGGAUAUAAACGAAAUGUUGCUGCAACGUAAGGAAGGCUUGAAAAAGAAACCUCUUGAUAACAACGCAGCGACGCAUUUACUGAGAAACGCUUUAGGUGGUACAGAAUAUGGAAUAGAUCAUGCCAAAUUGUCGCAAACAUUAACUCUGCCAAGUGAAGUAGUCCGAAUAUUUCGCGAUGAUAUUACCAUAACGGUCGUUUAUAUGGAUUCGGAAUUUCUAAGGCAUUGUCCUCCCUAAAACCGUCGCAAAUUCUCAUUACUUUUAUAUUAGUAUACAGUUUGUUAUUUAUUUUCAGUUAACAAUAAAAACAAUUUACAUGAAAA